CCACCUGCUCGGGCAGGAUGGUACAGUCUGCAGAGGGACCCGGGCACGCUGGCUGGGCUCAGCCGCGGCACCAGCUGCCGCACCGCGAUUACGGGGCUGCCCGCCUGGAAACCGUGCCGGAUUUGUGGUGAUUUUCGUAGCCAAGAGCCACCGCCCCUGACCAUGUAGAUGCCAGCUCCAGGGAACAGCAUGGACCCCACUGAAUGGAGACUCCUGGGUCUACAGCCCUGAGCCCCUCUGGCCCCUGGACAUUGCCCCGUGCCCAGGGACACCCUUUGGAGCUCACCACCACUGUCACCAGCCCACCUCGGCCGCCCCCGCCCCCUGGGACCCAAAGUCGGCCACCAGGAGCCACAGUCAUCCAGUGAGGUUGUGCUAAGGACAGCCACGUGGAUCCAUCGCCCAGCAACCUCUUGUCCAGUGCUGAUCCUUGGGCCCAUCCCAAGCAGGGACUGGAGCAAACAUGGGUGACAUGACCAACAGCGAUUUUUACUCCAAAAACCAAAGAAAUGAGUCGAGCCAUGGGGGCGAGUUUGGAUGCACAAUGGAGGAGCUCCGCUCCCUCAUGGAGCUACGGGGCACCGAGGCUGUAGUCAAGAUCAAAGAGACUUACGGGGACACUGAAGCCAUCUGCCGGCGCCUCAAAACCUCACCUGUCGAAGGUUUGCCGGGCACCGCUCCAGAUCUGGAAAAGAGAAAGCAGAUUUUUGGGCAAAACUUUAUACCUCCAAAGAAGCCAAAAACCUUCCUGCAGCUGGUGUGGGAGGCACUACAAGACGUGACGCUGAUCAUCCUGGAAAUUGCGGCCAUUAUCUCCCUGGGGCUGUCCUUUUAUCACCCACCUGGCGAGAGCAAUGAAGGAUGUGCGACGGCCCAGGGCGGGGCAGAGGAUGAAGGGGAGGCAGAGGCUGGCUGGAUCGAGGGGGCGGCCAUCCUCCUCUCAGUCAUCUGUGUGGUCCUGGUCACGGCCUUCAAUGACUGGAGCAAAGAGAAGCAGUUCCGGGGCCUGCAGAGCCGCAUCGAGCAAGAACAGAAGUUCACCGUGGUUCGGGCUGGCCAGGUGGUCCAGAUCCCUGUGGCCGAGAUUGUUGUUGGGGACAUCGCCCAGGUCAAAUAUGGUGACCUCCUCCCAGCCGACGGCCUCUUCAUCCAGGGAAAUGACCUCAAGAUUGAUGAAAGCUCCCUGACCGGGGAGUCUGACCAGGUGCGCAAGUCCGUGGACAAGGACCCCAUGCUGCUGUCAGGGACCCAUGUGAUGGAGGGCUCUGGACGGAUGGUAGUGACUGCCGUGGGUGUGAAUUCUCAGACAGGCAUCAUCUUCACCCUGCUGGGGGCUGGUGGUGAGGAGGAAGAGAAGAAAGACAAGAAAGGUGUGAAGAAGGGGGAUGGCCUUCAGCUACCAGCGGCCGAUGGUGCAGCAGGUUCAAAUGCUGCUGAUAGUGCAAAUACCAGCCUAGUCAAUGGUAAAAUGCAGGAUGGCAAUGUGGACGCCAGCCAGAGCAAAGCCAAACAGCAGGAUGGGGCCGCCGCCAUGGAGAUGCAGCCCCUCAAGAGUGCGGAGGGCGGCGACGCUGAUGACAAAAAAAAGGCCAACAUGCACAAGAAGGAGAAAUCCGUGCUGCAGGGCAAGCUCACCAAGCUGGCUGUGCAGAUCGGCAAGGCAGGUCUGGUAAUGUCAGCCAUCACAGUCAUCAUCCUGGUGCUCUACUUCACCGUGGACACCUUCGUGGUCAACAAGAAGCCGUGGCUACCUGAGUGCACGCCCGUCUACGUGCAGUACUUUGUCAAGUUCUUCAUCAUCGGUGUGACAGUGCUGGUGGUCGCCGUGCCAGAGGGGCUCCCUCUGGCCGUCACCAUCUCACUGGCCUACUCGGUGAAGAAAAUGAUGAAAGACAACAAUCUGGUACGCCACCUGGAUGCCUGUGAGACCAUGGGCAAUGCCACCGCCAUCUGCUCAGACAAGACGGGCACGCUGACCACCAAUCGCAUGACGGUUGUGCAGGCCUACGUCGGCGAUGUCCACUACAAGGAGAUCCCUGACCCCAGCUCUAUCAACGCCAAGACCUUGGAGCUGCUCGUCAAUGCCAUUGCCAUCAACAGCGCCUACACCACCAAGAUUCUGCCCCCAGAGAAGGAAGGAGCCCUGCCUCGGCAGGUGGGCAACAAGACAGAGUGUGGCCUGCUGGGCUUCGUGCUGGACCUGAAGCAGGACUACGAGCCCGUGCGCAUCCAGAUGCCGGAGGAGAAGCUGUACAAGGUGUACACCUUCAACUCCGUGCGCAAGUCCAUGAGCACGGUCAUCAAGCUGCCCGACGAGAGCUUCCGCAUGUACAGCAAGGGCGCUUCCGAGAUCGUGCUCAAGAAAUGCUGCAAAAUUCUCAAUGGGGCAGGGGAGCCCCGGGUCUUCCGGCCCCGCGACCGGGACGAGAUGGUGAAGAAAGUGAUUGAGCCCAUGGCCUGUGAUGGGCUGCGCACCAUCUGUGUGGCCUACCGCGACUUCCCCAGCAGCCCUGAGCCCGACUGGGACAAUGAGAAUGACAUCCUCAAUGACCUAACCUGCAUCUGCGUGGUGGGCAUCGAGGACCCCGUGCGGCCCGAGGUCCCAGAAGCCAUCCGCAAGUGCCAGCGGGCAGGCAUCACCGUCCGCAUGGUCACCGGUGACAAUAUCAACACGGCCCGGGCCAUCGCCAUCAAGUGUGGCAUCAUCCAUCCUGGGGAGGACUUUCUGUGCCUGGAGGGCAAGGAGUUCAACCGGAGAAUCCGCAACGAGAAGGGGGAGAUUGAACAGGAGCGAAUUGACAAGAUCUGGCCAAAGCUCCGGGUGCUGGCUCGCUCCUCCCCAACAGAUAAGCAUACCCUCGUCAAAGGCAUCAUCGAUAGCACGCACACUGAGCAGCGGCAGGUGGUGGCCGUGACCGGGGACGGCACCAACGACGGGCCUGCACUCAAGAAGGCUGAUGUGGGCUUCGCCAUGGGCAUCGCAGGCACGGACGUGGCCAAGGAGGCCUCAGACAUCAUCCUAACAGAUGACAACUUCAGCAGCAUCGUCAAGGCAGUGAUGUGGGGCCGCAACGUCUACGACAGCAUCUCCAAAUUCCUGCAGUUCCAGCUGACGGUCAACGUGGUGGCUGUGAUUGUGGCCUUCACGGGUGCCUGCAUCACACAGGACUCCCCUCUGAAGGCCGUACAGAUGCUCUGGGUAAACCUCAUCAUGGACACGUUCGCCUCGCUGGCACUGGCCACGGAGCCACCCACCGAGACGCUGCUUCUGCGGAAGCCAUAUGGCCGCAACAAGCCCCUCAUCUCACGGACCAUGAUGAAGAAUAUCCUGGGCCACGCCGUCUACCAGCUCACCCUCAUCUUCACCCUGCUCUUUGUUGGUGAGAAGAUGUUCCAGAUCGACAGCGGGAGGAAUGCACCCCUGCACUCACCACCCUCAGAGCACUACACCAUCAUCUUCAACACCUUCGUCAUGAUGCAGCUCUUCAAUGAGAUCAACGCCCGCAAGAUCCAUGGCGAGCGGAAUGUCUUUGAUGGAAUCUUCCGGAACCCUAUUUUCUGCACCAUUGUGCUGGGCACUUUUGCCAUCCAGAUAGUGAUUGUGCAGUUUGGGGGAAAGCCGUUCAGCUGCUCUCCCCUGCAGCUGGACCAGUGGAUGUGGUGCAUAUUCAUCGGACUGGGAGAGCUUGUCUGGGGCCAGGUCAUCGCUACCAUCCCGACCAGCAGGCUCAAGUUCCUAAAGGAGGCGGGCAGGCUCACGCAGAAGGAGGAGAUCCCAGAGGAGGAGCUCAAUGAGGAUGUGGAGGAGAUAGACCACGCUGAGAGGGAGCUGCGGCGAGGCCAGAUCCUGUGGUUCCGAGGCCUUAAUCGGAUCCAGACCCAGAUUGAAGUAGUCAAUACUUUCAAGAGCGGGGCCUCCUUUCAGGGGGCCCUGCGGAGACAGUCCUCCGUCACCAGCCAGAGCCAGGACGUAGCCAAUCUCUCUAGCCCUAGUCGCGUGUCGUUGUCCAAUGCUCUUUCCUCUCCGACCAGCCUUCCUCCUGCUGCAGCUGGGCGUGAAGGGCUAGAGAACCCUGGAGACAGAGUUCAGCAAGAGAGAGUGAAAUUAAAAGAGAUUCGCGUCGUGAAGGCGUUCCGUAGCUCUCUCUAUGAAGGUCUAGAAAAGCCUGAGUCUCGAACCUCCAUCCAUAAUUUCAUGGCUCACCCCGAAUUCCGGAUCGAAGAUUCACAACCCCACAUCCCCCUCAUUGAUGACACCGACCUGGAAGAAGAUGCCGCACUCAAGCAGAACUCAAGCCCGCCGUCAUCGCUCAACAAGAACAACAGCGCCAUCGACAGCGGGAUCAACCUGACGACCGACACAAGCAAAUCAGCUACCUCUUCAAGUCCAGGGAGCCCCAUCCACAGCCUGGAGACGUCGCUUUAGCUGAGGACCCCGCUGCCACCGACCCACCCCUCCCCGGGCCCCAUCCAUCCAGGCACCCAGCUCACCCAAACAGCAACGAGCAACAACAGGAAACCAAAUACUGGCGAGAAAACCAACAUUUCCACCCAACAGACCCUUUUUCUGGCUGCGAUGCUGUUUGAACUCUUUUUCACUUUGAGGCAAGGGGCGGGAUCUGCUCGGGGAGGGGGGCUUAUGGAAGUGAGCGAUUUUCUGAGAACCAGCCCUUCCCGGCUCCCACCCAGACACGGACCAGCCAUGCACCCGCCAGGCCACCAUGUCCCCUGCAUGAAUGUACUGGACACUUCCAGUCCUCCCCUUGUUUGGUUUUGGGGGGGUCGGGGAGGGUUUUUUGUUUGUUUUCUUAGGCGGGAACUGCAAACAGACUCUUUUCUGAGACUAUUUAUCCAAUCCACUGGUCUGUGAGUUUUUGAAAUGCUUGUGCAGCAUGGUCUCAGUUGUAUAGGUUAAUUUAACAACUUUUUGAAACUGCAGAGCUUAACUCGCCUAGUAAAUUUGCACCAACCGAACCGAAGAACUUCAUAGACACUCACAAGGUUAUAUCCAUUUCUUUGUAUCUAUAUCAACGUAUACUUUUCCAAGACUGUAUACGUCCAUAUAGAUAUGUGUGUAUAUAUAUGUGUGUGUAUAUAUAUAUACACACAUACACACACACACACACACACACACACACGGAUAUAUAAAGUUUUUUUGCCGGCAUGUUGCCUUGUUUCCGCUUAAAUUGCUCUAUUUUAACUUAUUUAUGUCCUAAAACAAGAAUGUAAUUUGUUUACAAUCCUGUAGAUAAUGUCCUUGGCUAUUUGUAUGGUUUAAGAACACUGGUGGCUGAGAUGCUAUAGAAAACAGCUCAGCCCAACAGACAUUUCCCUGGAUUGCAAACUCGAUGUUUUCCAAUAGCCAUGCUCUGAUUUUUGCCUGCUGUUUCCGUUCAAUCAUGUCACUACCGCGGGAGGCUCAGGCAGAAGCCAAAUGCGACCGAAGAGGAGUCUCCAUCUGGAAGGGGGUUAACACAGUGCUCCGUGCUCCGUAGACACAGGGAGAGGAGGAGAGAAGGCUUCCUAGGUUCGCAGCACUAACGACGGGCCCGGCCCGAGGAUGACAAGGUCCACCCAGCUCUGGUCGAAGACUUUUCUCUCGAUGAAACUCACUUGAGUUUACUAAGAGCAUUUCAAAAGGAGGUUCUCUUUGGCACUGUCUGGACAAGGUUGAGGUAGUGUUGCAAUAUUAUAAAUGCUACUGUGUUGAUUUUUUUUUUAAGUAAUUUAGAGGUUUAUUUACUUAUAAAUUGCAGCAUAUGAGCUGUUGGCAUACUGGAUGAGGAUCAUGAUGGCUUGCUGCUUUUAUUUUUAUUUUUGAAGAAGAAUAGCCUUUUUCUCUGCACUAUUUAGAUCCGAACGAACCUUAUGAUGUGUAUAUUGAGAUGUAUUCAGUGUGAUUUUUAAACCAAAUUGUCUUCCUGUAGUCGCAAUAUAUACUGUAGCCUUUUGACAGCAAGUCUUGCUUUCCCAGACAGAAAGCCAUUCUGAAACCCUACAGUAUCACAGGUGAGAAAAGGUGGUUAUUUUUCCCCCAAGACAAUAACAGCACUAGUAAUCCCACUUAAUGAAAGCUUAUUUAAUUGUACGUCAGCCUCUUAACUGCUAAGCACUUUGUGGGUAUCAGCUUUUUUCAUAAAAGAACUUUUGUAUUUAAUACAAAGUUUGCUUUGAGACUUUUCAGCAUACGAUCUUUUUCCAUAAACUUGUACAGUGCAAAAGACAUUUUGAAUACCAUGAUCGAUGACGUCCCAUGCUUCGAGGAAAACCAAACACUUUCCACCUUGCUUGCGAAAUUCAUUCCUCAUACUGACCCCUUCCCACAGUUGCUCUGUGUCAGCUCGGCCCUUCCCUUCUCCAGGCCCAGAGAAUUCUUCCACAAACAAGAUGAGAGCCACUCGGGAAAAGAGCCAUAGUCAGCUGGGAGGGCCUACGGCUGGGUGGCUGUUGAAGGAACCUGAGGCUUUGGGAUCCCAAGUCAGCCCAUCCCACCUGGCAAAACCAUCCCGGAAGGAGGACUUUCUGUGUGUGAGAGCAUCACCUGAAUGUCGUGAGGGAAUCUCUCUGAAUGUACCUAGCAGAGAAAACUGCAUCCCCAAGGGGGUGACCAGCCCUCAGAUGUGCUUAUUGGAUUCCAAUACAAACAUCGCCAAAAGCCAGCCUGCUGUUCUCCUGCCGAGAAAGUGAAGACCUCCACAUGUGACAAAACCUGGAGCAGCUUUGGAACAUGGUGUUUUUUUGUAGUUUCCUUUCUCAAGGUUUUCCAUCACCCCACUUCUUCUUGGUUCCAAUCCUGUGUCCAUGACCUCAUUCCCCUAUAGCAGGAAAGCCGCAUUUGCCCCCCAUGGUCCCUGUUCAUUUGGAGCCGGGACACUGGGAAGACAGGAGGGCUUUCUCUGAGCAGAGCCUAGCUUGGGGAACAGGGAGCCGUGGAAGUGACCGAGGACACCCGACAUCAGUGUUGGUCUUUUCUUGUCAGGGAUGAUGGAUGCGCACACACACACACGCACACACACAGAGGAAAUGAUUGGUUUGUCAAAACUCACUGUAGUACAUAAAGCUUGCACUCUGCGUCCUAUAUCUAGCAGCAUGGGGUACGUUUGGCAGUUCACCCCAUUAGGGGGUCAAUAAUUUAUGACCAUUCAUCUGUUUUUAUGAAUUUUUUUAUCUAGACAAUAAUUGUAAAUAAAGAACUCACCGUCUCUGUUCAUUUAAUACUAUGCAAUGGUUAUGCUUUCAAUUGCUGACUCUUCUUACUCCCGCAGUGUGGUUCUGAAAUGUCUGUGGUUUAAAAAAAAAAAAAAAAAGGCAAAAAACUAAGAUCAAACAGAACACAG